CCCGGUUCUCAGCCCUAUGGAGGGCUAGGUGCCUCGCAAGGGGCUCCAUUUCAUGGAACCCCGUUUACCUCUAUGCCACAUGCUGGAGGGACUUUAGGAUCACAACAGUUCACCGGAGCGGGGCCGUCUUCGUAUCACCAUAUGCCGUCACCAGGAGGAUAUGAAGGAGCUUCUUCCUAUCCACCACCACCACCUCCUCCAACACAGGGGUGGUCUGAAGACAACGCCGCGGCCUCCAUGGACGAGUUUACACGGUUGUUUGCUACGCCUACCCAGGACGAUGAUCCCAGCUUGCAUACACCUCUGGCUCAGUUACGCCGUCCUGUCAGAAACGUGGGGGCCACCGGAACGUCAAAGCUACCCUACAGAUCACGUACACGCACAACGUAAGAGAGGUCGGAAUGGUAGGGGUCGUUAGUUGUUUGCACUUGUUUCUCCGGCGGCAUUAUGGACUGUUUCGAUUGUUCGGAUU